ACCUAGUAAUGGAAGGGAAAUGGGAUGAUGUAAUCGAAAAAUACCAAGAAGAUAGUAAUUAUCACAAUAUAUUACUCGAGAGAAGAGGAACAGCGUUACACGUGGCAAUAAACAGUUGGCGCAAUGAUGUACUAAAAAGUCUUGUUGAAGCAAUAUUAGAAUUUGGUGAUCAAAGUAGUUUGAAAAUUGUGAAUGACAGAGGUGCUACUCCUCUUCACCUUGCAGCGCAGAUAGGAUACACAAAUGCAUGUGAAAUUAUAAUUGGAAAAGAGGGUCAAAGGAAACCUUUAGUUCAAGUGAAAGAUGAAAAUGGAGAAACACCACUUUUUUGGGCUGUACGUGCACGUCACAUAUCAGUGUUUGUUUACCUACGACAGUUUUAUCCUCUUGACCUCAAUAUUGCUAUCGAUAAGCAUAAUACUAGCAUCCUUCAUGUUGCCAUCUCCAAAGAAAUGUUUGAUUGGGCGAUUAUAAUAAUAUGUUACUACAGAGGUCUUAUCUCUAUGAAUGACAAGAAUGGAAAUACACCCCUUGGAAUUCUCGCUACUAAGACAUCAGCCUUCAAGAGUGAAUGUCGUCUCUCAUGGUGGAAGCAAAUUUUAUACUACUGUAUUCCUAUAAGCCUCUACGACGGGAAAAAUGAAAUGGAAUUGCAUUUAAAGAAUGCUAUAUCGGAAGAAGAAAGAAAAAGUGGACCCAUUGUGAGAUUUGGAGAUGCCGAGAUGAUAGUCGACAUGGAAUCAUUAGAAAACACAAAUAGAAUACAACUUUCUAAUACUCAAUUAUGUAUUGGCAAUCUAAAGUUAGUAUUCAUAUGGCCAUUCAUGUCACUAUUGGAUUUACAUGCAAUAAAGGCUAUUAAGAAGAAGCACAUAUAUGGCCGUUGGAUCUUGGACGAAUAUAUGAAAUCAGUUACUUUGGAAUACAUGGGUGGUGGGGAUAAUCCAACAGGAUACAUAGAAUAUCAUGGAAUAAUGGAAGAUAACUUUCUAAAUUUUUAUGAGUUUAUCAAGCGCGCACGGGAUGAAGGAAGUGCCUCAAUGCAAGAGACAAAAGAAUACAAAGAAAUGGAAAUUUUAGGAAAUAUUGAUGUAACAAAUACAACAUUUUUUGCAGCAAAAAAAAUAUCAACAGAAGAAAUUAUGGAAGUGCUUAAUUCUAAUAUACAAAUUACAUUUGAUAAGAAAGAUAUGUUACUUGUUGCACAAAAGAAUAAUAAAAAGGAAUCAUCAGAAGAGGAAAGUUCAGCAAAAAAUCCACCCUUUUUGAUUGCAUCAAGUUUUGGAAUAGUUGAGAUGAUGGCCUUUCUUCUAUUUAGUAUAAGUAGCGUGGUCUUUGAGACUAACACUAAGAAUGAAAAUGCAUUGCUUUUGGCAGUAAAGAAUAGGAAACCACGUGUUGUUCGAUGGAUGGUAAAGGUAUUUAAUAAAGAAGCCUUUGAUAUCCUAAGCUUACAAGUUAAUAAUAACGGGGAUACCAUGUUACACUUGGCAGCAUAUACAUCAUUCGAGAGAAAAAAUACUUGGAAGAUAUCUGGUGCUGUCAUGCAAAUGACAUUGGAGAUCAAGUGGUAUGAGUAUAUUAAAAACCUAGUACCAGAGCAUUUCAAUAUUUUAGCCAAUAAGAAAGGAAAAAUUCCAAGUGAAAUCUUUGAGGAGCAACACACAGAACUUCUAAAAGAAAAUGUUGAUUGGUUGAAAAACACAACAGAGUCAUACUCAGUUGUAGCAGCUCUCAUUGCUGGUGUCGCCUUUGCGACAUCAGGUAGUGUACCUGGUGGCAAUCAACCAACAGGAGAACCAGCAUUAAAAGGACAACAUGGAUUUGAAGUAUUUGCUAUAACUUCAUUGAUUGGACUUUACUUCUCUGUCAGUGCACUCAUCAUGUUCCUUUCUAUUCUCACUUCAAGAAAAGAAGUCGAACAAUUUCGUCUAAACUUGCCAAUGAAGCUUCUUUUCGGAUUGAGUUCUCUCUUCGUAUCCAUUGUUUCCAUGUUUGUUUCUUUUUGUGCUGGACAUUUCUUCGUGCUCACAGAUAAAUAUACAAACGAAGGUGUCUUGUUCUAUUUAUAUAUUUCCAUUUGUUUGCCAGUCAUAUUCUUUGCAGCUGUGCAGUUUCAUUUGAUCGUUGAUCUUUUUAAAAUUAUUUUGAUAAAGUCUCCACCAGAGCCUAUUAAGGGUUUUCUUCAGUAGAGGUGUUUGUUUUGAUGUAUUUUUAUGUGAAUUGAAACUAAUGUGUUUGGUUUGUACUUGAUUAAUGUAUUUUUUCUAAAGUUGAGUACUCUUCUGAAUGUAGUGUGAAUUGACUCUCUUGUAUAAC